UCUCCUUGUUCUUCUUGGUGCUAACUGUUAGCUAUUUGCAGUCAGCGAACAGUUGUAGCGCAACUGGAGUAAACACAAAACUUCAACUGCAAAGACGAAGACAUGGGAAAAAAACACAAGAAACAUAAACCCGAAUGGAUAACAGUUGGUGACUUUGAGGACAAAGCUCUUGAGAAGCCCCUGAAGAUCAAGCUCAAAGUUGGAGGGAGUGAGGUGACAGAGCUCUCUGGCUCAGGCCAUGACUCCAGCUACUACGAUGACAGGUCGGACCAUGAGCGAGAACGGCACAAAGAGAAGAAGAAAAAGAAGAAGAAAAAGUCUGAAAAAGAUAAAGACAAAUAUGUGGACGAUGAGGACAGAAGGCGACGGAAGGAGGAAAAAAGGAAGAAGAGAGAACGAGAGCAGAAUGAGUCAGAGGCAGCAGCUACAUCUGCUGCAAGUACCGGCCCGGCUGUUGAACCAUUUACACUGUCGAAAAAUAUAAAUAUUGGAUUAGAGCCAGAGGAGAAGAAAAAGAAGAAAGAAAGGUUUGAAGUGGAACCUGAAGUGGAAGAGUUUCAUCACAAUGUGAAGAUGGAGGUAGAACAACAAGGAGACAGGCCAGUUAGAGCAUGCCGCACACAACAAGAGAAUGAGUCCACUCCACGCCAACAACUCCUGGAACACUUUUUGAGACAGUUGCAGAGGAAAGAUCCCCAUGGAUUUUUUGCAUUUCCAGUAACAGACGCAAUUGCUCCUGGUUACUCAUCAAUCAUCAAACAUCCCAUGGAUUUCAGCACCAUGAAAGACAGGAUUAGAAACAACGAAUAUAACACAGUAACAGAAUUCAAGGCGGACUUUAAACUAAUGUGUGACAAUGCCAUGGUUUACAACCGACCAGAGACGGUCUACUACAAGGCUGCCAAGAAGCUGCUUCAUACAGGAUUCAAGAUGAUGAGCAAGGAGCGGCUUUUGGCUCUGAAGCGCAGCAUGUCUUUCAUGCAGGACAUGGAUUUCACCCAGCAGGCAGCCAUUCUGGGAGAUGAAGACCUAACAGCUGAUCUUCCUCCUCCAGAGACGAUCCCCAACCCCAUGGAAUCUGCAAAAAAAUCUAGAAAACAGCCAGUUAAAGACAUGAAAGAAGUCAUCAGUUACCUGUUUGAACCAGAGGGAAACGCUUGCAGCUUGACCGACAGCACAGCAGAGGAGCAUGUUCUGGCGCUGGUUGAACACUCUGCAGAUGAAGCUCGAGACCGCAUUAACAGAUAUAUGCCUAGUUCCAAGAUGGGCUUUUUGCGUAAAGAACCAGAUGGCUCUCUACUAUAUACCGUGGUAAAUCAGCUUGAUCCUGAUGCAGAAGAAGAGGAGACUCAUAAAGUGGACCUGAGUUCUCUGUCAAAUAAGCUUCUUCCUGGAUUAACAACAUUAGGUUUCAAAGACGACAGGAGGCAUAAAGUGACUUUCCUUAGCAGUGCCUACAACAUUCAAAGCCUUCAGAAGAAUUCCAUCUUUCCAGACUUGCAGUCCGAUGAGAUGGACAUGCUGUAUUCAGCAUACGGAGAUGACACUGGGGUACAGUGUGCUCUUAGCAUACAGGACUUUGUUAAGGGUUGUGGAAGUGUCACCAAGCGUUGGGUCGAUGGACUCCUGGAUAAGAUGACAGCAGACGAUCACUCAAAAGCUGUUAAUCAGAUUCGAGAGAAGAGAAACAUAAUGCUGAAAGCUGAGUCCAAGUCCAACAUCUGUGACAUCCAGUUAUCAGAUAGCACUGGUCUGGGAGAGAGCAGUUCGGUGCUGGACUUUAUGUCAAUGAAGAGCUAUCCUGACAUGUCUCUGGAUAUUUCCAUGCUGAACCCAUUAGGUAAAACAGUUAAGAAAGAGCCAGGGAAUGAGGAUAGCCACCAGCAUUUUGAUGAUACUGAUAAACUUCUGCAGGAGUUCCAGGAGGCUCAGGUUGAUAGAGUUUGCUCCAGACCCUCAUCCAACCUGUCCUCCCUGUCUAAUGCCUCAGAAAGGGACCAACACCAUUUAGGGAGCCCAUCACACUUAGGUGUUGGGGAUCAGUCUGAAAUGGUUCACGAUCCCUAUGAGUUUCUUCAGUCUCCGGAGCCAGAGGGAACAACUAACAGUUGACCACACACAAAGCCAUUCUGUUAUUCCAGUGCUAAUAUCCCAGGGUUCUCAUUGUCAAAUUUUUAAAACACUGUGGAGCCCCCAGGAUCUUCAGAUCUGUGUUAAAGACUGAAAAUAAGUGUACAGACUGUAUUGUAAUUGUGUAAUUGUAUCAAGGCAAUCCUUAAAUAAUAAACAUGUGCAUUUGUAUUUA